AUGGGUGCCCCCCCCCCCCCAGGGACGAAGCACAAGACCCUGCUGGAGGCUCGCAAUGGGCUGGGCCCCAUCCGGGCCUUCCCCCGCCUGGGGGGGGCUGCAGGGGGGACCCCCCCCCGGGACCCCCCCGAGCGCUGCUUCCACUGCCAGGUCUGCAACGUGCGCCUCAACUGCGAGCUGCAGCUCAAACAGCACAUCUCCAGCCGCAGGCACCGGGAUGGGGUGGCCGGAAAACCCAACCCCCUCCUGAGCCGCAACAAGAAGGUGCGGAGCCCCCCCGAGCUGGCUGCGCUGCCUUUCCCCAAGGAGCUGCCGAAGGCGCUGGUGGGGGGGGGGCUCCUCCCGCCCCCCCUGGCCCUGGCGGCCGCCGCCGCCGCCAUGGCCGCCCCCCCCUUGGCCCUGCGCCCCCCCGGGCCCCCCCUUUUACCUGGGCCCCCCCUGGCCCCCGCUCUGCUGCGCCCCGCACCCGGGCCCCUGCGCCCCACACACGCCCCCCCCCUCCUCUUCUCCCCCUAUUGACCCCGGCAACCGGUACCCGGCAACCGUUACCUAGCAACCGGUACCCAGCAACCCCCCCCCCCA